AUGACAAUGACAACGAAGAAAACAACGAAUCCAAAAAGAUUUCGAAUUGGAUUUGAAAUUAUCUUUCUGUUCAUCAGUUCCCUAUUUCUGGUAUUGCUGUUUCUUCAGAAGCAAUAUUUUUUCAAAGCUGCCUUUCCUCCUCCGAUUCCAACCAGCAAGCAGAAUGAUCCAUCCAUACUACUUCAUUCACGUUCCAACAUCUCGACGACGAGACGCCAAUACAUAGAUGUGGAAUCGAAAUCCGUCAUUGCGCACGACAUUCAAGCCAUUUGGCAUGACCCCUCGAUGAAGGCCAUUUGCAUUCAAUUUACUAUGGGCAAUGCUCGAUGUCCACAUGCCGAGUUUAUUGGUCGACUGUCGGGGCCUUCUCUUGUCAUGCUGGAGUGGAAGGAAUACAAUAGAGUUGAUGGUGACAAUACCAUUCUUCACUGUGGGUCCUAUUCCAAUGCAUUGUUGUCGCCGUCAUCAUCAUUAGAAAGCAAGAACAACCACGACGACGACGACCACAAUCAUGAUGGCACGCAAUAUUUUGUAGAAAUCUUGAUUCUAUAUUGUCAACAUUUUGGUGUGGGAUCCAAGUUGUAUCAAAAGUCGCAACAGUCUAUUAAUGCUACGUCUACGCCACAAACCGACAAUGAGUGGCUCACGUUUGCCUUUCAAAACAUGUGUGUCGAAAAGCCAGAGGCCAAUCGAAUCACACCAGUUGGAUCCAGCAUUCGAAUUUCUUCUUCCAAGCAAGCUACUGUCAUUGGAAAUAGAGACACUGUUGGAGGUCGAUGGAUCCAUGAUCAAGCAGCAACAAUGCGUCCAUUGGUGACGCGGUAUCAGCCACAAGGGUGUCGGCGGUCCAAUACGAAUAUUACUUUUACAAAUGCUGCAAGAACCACGGAGGAGAAGCCGCAAUGUCAAGUGGCAACCAACACGGCACGCUUUGGUGACUACAAGUUUGAAUGGAGCCAUAAUGGGCAAGAGGAAGAAUCAUCCAUGAAGAAAAAUAUUGAAAAUCUGCAAUGGGAUAUCGGACUGACUAGACAACAGGUAUGUGGGGAUGGGCUUUCGACUGGUGAUCAAAAACGGGACUGCAUCCUUCGAUUGGGAAAGAUACUUCAGAAUAGCACACUAUUGGCAUCACCACCAACGCCACCAUCCCAUGAUGAAUCAGUGCAAAAGUCGGGAAGCUUUUUCCAAACACCACCACCAUUGCAACAACGUCCAUCCAAAGUUGUUUGUGUCGUCGGAUACUCUCAUUCUUAUCACAUGAUCUAUGCCAUGCACCAACUCAAUCUCGGGCAUCAUUUUGUUUGGGCGCAAGCCAAUUAUCCAAACGAUAUUGACUUUCAUUUUGUGCGGAGGCAUGUCCAAGAACACAAGUGCAACCGAUUCCUAAUUGGUGUAGGACAGUGGCCGGCCAGCCAUUGGGGCAAUCAGAACAAUUGGCCGGAAGGCAAACCAGUCCCGUUUGGAGUUUAUCGCAACGAAAUCUUUCGGGUGUUGGACAUGUUUCACAAUCACUUUUCCAAGAUUAAGGUCUACAUGCGAUCCAUCCACCACAAUCCCAUUAUGGAAGAUUCCGGAAAGUGUUUGGCGGGAGACUGGAGGACACCCACGGUCAUGACGGCCUACAGUGAAAUUAUUCGAGAACAAGUCCACAAUCUGAAUGAAAGGAUCCUUCAAGAAGCUGCUCCAACUACCACUGACAAAAAACAAUAUCAAAAGGAUCCACAGAUUCAAUUCUUGGACACUCGCUUCAUUACGUAUCCCAUGUGGGACAGUUCGUACGAUUGGUACCAUUUGUCGGACCAAGUUGCCAAGGUGGAGGCCCAGUAUAUCGCCGCCACGAUCCUCGACAGCAAAUCGAAGCAAUACUUGUUAGGGCCGAGUUCGGAAGACUGA